UCCAGAAACUUCAAAAUGCGUCUGGAAGAAAUGAAAAGACUGCAACAUACUUUAGAACAAGUUAACGAAGAGAAAUAUUUGCUUGAAAACCAUCAAUUGGCCAUGGAUGCAGAGAAUAAUAUUGAUAAACCUCGCCUUAAUCUCCAGACUUUGGAAUCAAAAGUGAAAAUCAUUCAGAGAGCCUGGAGGGAAUAUAUACAGCGCCAAGACGUGCCACUUCAAGAUCACAUGGAGAAGCGCAGCCCGUCUCCACCUUCCAUGUCCUCAGACAAAAUGAGCAGCUCCGUCAGCAUGAACACCGUUUCCGAUGGCAGCACUCCAGAUUACCGAGAGGAUGGGAUGGAUUUAGGCAGCGACGCCUGCAGCAGCAGCAGCAGCAGCAGCAGCAGCCGCAGCAGCAGCUCCAGCUCGCAAUCCAACUCCAACAAAGUCACCCCCUGCUCCGAGUGCAAAUCCUCCUCCUCCUCCCCCGGCAGCCUGGACUUGGUGGCUGCCCUGGAGGACUACGAGGAGGAGGAGGAGGAGGACUUCCAGGUCUACAAGAAGGAGGAAUGGGAGGACAGCCAGGAGGAGGAGGACGGGGGCUCCCCCGCCGCCGGUGAUGAUCGCCCCGCCGACCGGAGGAGUUUAGCUCGGGAGCUGGAGGAUGUGAAGCCCCCCGCGGGCGGCCCCGUCACCGUCAUGCCGCCCCCGCGCCCCCGCUAUGUGCGCGACCCCCCGGACGUCCAGCACAACGGCAACGCGGCGGGGAGGGCGGGCGUCCAGCACAGUCCUCCGCAGAGGCUGCCUUCCUCCUCCUCUUCCUCCUCCUCCUCCUCCUCUUCUCCCCCCUCGGGGCCCGGGAGCGGCCCGAAGGAGGAACCCCCGCUCCCCACUAUGGAUUGGGAAGCUUUGGAAAAGCACCUGGCGGGAUUACAGUUCCAGGAGCAGCAGCAGGGGAGGAACCAGAGCCGCUCCAAAAGUAACUCCACUUCAGCGCAGAAAAAUGAGAGAGAAUCUAUCAGGCAAAAGUUGGCCCUUGGAAGUUUCUUUGAUGAUGGCCCAGGAAUUUAUACCAGCUGUAGCAAAAGUGGAAAGCCCAGCCUUUCUUCUAGGCUACAAAGUGGGAUGAACCUACAGAUUUGUUUUGUGAACGACAGCGGCAGUGAUAAAGAUAGUGAUGCUGAUGACAGUAAGACUGAAACAAGUUUGGAUACCCCUUUGUCUCCCAUGAGCAAGCAAAGCUCUUCCUACUCUGAUAGAGAUACUACUGAAGAGGAAUCUGAAUCGCUAGAUGAUAUGGAUUUUCUCACUAGGCAAAAGAAACUGCAAGCUGAAGCCAAAAUGGCCCUUGCAAUGGCAAAACCAAUGGCCAAAAUGCAAGUAGAAGUGGAGAAACAGAACAGGAAAAAAUCUCCAGUAGCUGAUCUUCUGCCACACAUGCCUCAUAUAAGCGAAUGCCUGAUGAAAAGAAGCCUAAAGCCUGCUGACUUGAGAGACAUGACUAUUGGGCAGUUACAAGUGAUAGUCAAUGAUCUCCACUCCCAAAUAGAGAGCUUAAAUGAAGAGUUGGUACAACUCCUUCUCAUUAGGGAUGAAUUGCACACAGAACAAGAUGCCAUGCUGGUUGACAUAGAAGACUUGACUAGGCAUGCUGAGAGCCAGCAGAAGCACAUGGCAGAGAAAAUGCCAGCAAAAUAAAGCAAGAAGCCAUCAGACAAGAUAACAAGCUAGAAUUUAUUUUGCUUCUGUGGUUGUAAAAAUCUUGAUGCUAAAGGUGGCGCACAAGGAAAAAAACAUCAGUGUUAGUCAUUGAUAAUGUCUGAAGCUUUACGUCCAGUGAUUGGCCUUUGCUUCUUAAUUUAUUUUAAUUUUUUUACUUGUGCCACUAAAUAUCAGGCAUUUUAACAAAAUAUUACAAAAAUGUACAGUACUUAUAACAUUCAAACCAUGGUAAAUAAGAGCGGGUAGUUUAACUUUAUUUUUAUUUGUUUAGAGAUUUUAAGUUGGAACAGUAUUUUACCAUUGACUACUUUUAUUCGUCACUGUAGUUUUAAAAAAGAAACUGUAAUUGACGGUGCUAUAAAGUAAAAACAAAUACAUGCCUGCCUCGUAGUGAAGUUGUAGCUUUCAGUAAUAAGUAUAUUAUAAUCAGUUUUCAACAUUUUGUGAAUGUUGACUACCUGACAUUCAUUUUUAGAUGUGCUAUUAACAUUCAGUUGGAUUCAGAGAGUUACCUUGAAAGUUUUAUGUAUAAAUAUGUAAAAUAAAAAUUAAAAGUUUGUUUCAUAUGAUCUAUCUUUGUUCAGUAAUAGAAGACUGAGGUUACAAUGAAGAAAUUUUCCUUUUUAUCGAAACUAAAGUUUCCAUCAUAUUUUUAGUCAGCACAUUGUGGUAAGUUACCUAAAUAUUUGGAUAGAUGAAUCAAGAUCCUGAAACAAAGCUUUUUUAUUAGUACUGUAAACAUCAAGAACUUUUAAAGUACAUUUGAGUAAGAAGUGUAUGUAAAGCUAUGCACAUGAGAUAUAUAUACUAUGUAUGUAUAUAUAUAUUUCUCACAAAUAGCUUCUAUUUUACUAUGUGAGUUUUUAUGCCAAGGCGCCUAGGUUCAUUCAGGCGUAUUGACAAUUACUAUUUGAUUUACACUCACUUUGAUUUGUAAAACCAUUUGGACACUAACACAAGGUAAACUGUUGAAUAUAUAAAUACAAUUUGAAACGUC